CCGCCAGAGGCCACCGACAGCGUUUGGAUUAGACGUCGUCCUUUUCCAUUUAAAAUGGCAAUAAAUCAAUUUGUUUUGAUGUUUUCUUCGUUUUCCCCGUUAAAAUAAGCGUCGUUCGACUUUUUGGAUUUCACGCCGACCGUCAAUCGUGAUGCCGGAUCGUCGUUGCUGACUACCGCGGUACAAGUUCACCGGGGCCGGCCGGUUGUUUUUCCACCGUCAAAUUCACGUACAAAGAUCAAUACAUGUUAAAACACAAAAAAGUUCUCGUGAAAAAAAUUUGCCCCGGUUGUGGCUUACAGUACCCAGUUGCUGUGAAGACUUGUACCAAAUGCAAGCAUUCGUUUUACCUGUCCAAAAAAGACAUCACCCCCAAAGUCGCCCCAGCCAAGGUGGCAGCGGCGGCGGUCGUGUCUGUCCAGGAAUCCAAAGAUGUUACAACCGCUCCAACUACACGUUCAGACGGCCGCCGUAGGACUGAACGUGUACGCCGUGAAAAACCUAACUAUUAUGACGCCUCUGCAUUCAUACGUAAAACUCGGAAACGUACUGAAAAACCAAAUGCAAAACAAAAAGAUAAUUAUCAAGGUCGACGAGGCGUACAGAUAUCGCAGCCUAAAAAAGGUGUGGCAUCCCUAAAACAAAAUUAUAAAACAAAAGUCGUACAAGAUCCAGAAGACAAAAUAUAUCAUACUAUCAUGAAGAAUGAAAAAGCAAAAGUAUGUGCUAUCAUUUUAUCUGAAUUAAAUCAUAAGUUAAUGUUAACUUCUUGGAGGCCGGGAGACAACUGAUUUCAAGACUUAUUACUUUUUAAUAAACUUACUAUAAGAUUUUUAAAAACAUUUAAUUAUGAAUAAUUAAAAUUAAAAUUUCCCAAUAAGUAAAAUUUCAAGUGAGCUAUGUUUAAAUAAAAUAAUCAAAAUAUCAAAAUUAGAUUCUAACUUAGACAUUUUUACUAGGUAUAAUUUAUUAUUACCUGCAGUUUUAAAUUCUGAUUGAUUUAUUAACUAAAUAUUUCUUCCUAAGAUACUUUUAUUGAAACAGGAACGUUUUGUUCCUAGUUAAUUUUUAUUAUUUAAUAUAUAUUUUUAAAUAAAAAUGUGCCAUGCAUUUCCAAUUAUUCAAUAAGCGAUUAUUUAUUUUGAGAAUUCCUGUUAAAUAUAAAGUUAAAUAUUUCUGUAUAAGUGAUUUUGAAUGGGUAUUUUAUCCAAUUUACUAUUUGAUAUCUUCAUUCAGUUAUUUAGUAAAAAUUAAAAAUAAGGUUUUUAACUUUAAUUUUCAUACAAUAUAUUAUAUUGAUUGUAAAUAUUAUAUUUUGAAAAAAGUAUGUGUUCGAAUUAGUGUUUAAUGUUUGUUUUAUAUUACUUGUGUUUUAAUCAACGUAAUAUUGUAAUACACUUUCUUAAUAUUUGUCAAUGUAUUUUAAUUUUUUUAAGACUAAUGAUGGCAUCAUUUUUUUUUUUUCAUUACUAUUAUAUUCAUUAUAUUUUUAAUUUAUAUUAUUAUGUGUCAUGAUUUUUUUGUAAAUCAAUAUUGUGUUUAUUGGCGUUGUUUAUUGAAGAUAAAUUUACAAAAGAAAGAACUGAGUAUAAUUAAUUAUAUGUUUCAAUUUUAUUAAGUUUACAGUGUUAUUAUU